UCUAAAAUAAUAUUGAUUCUUUUAAUACAAAUAACCUAGUGAAACCUGGCUCAAGUCAUUACUUUUACAGAGCUUCUAAAUCAAUGAAGUUUCCAAGGUGCUUAUUAGAUCGAUAUAAAAAUAAAACUGAAACGAGCACACGCCCGCGCCUGGAAAUUAGAAAUGGCAAAUUCAGACCCUGAUUCUUCUUCAAUGUUUAUGUUGAAAAGUUCAAAAAAUUCUGUAUCUUCACCACAGCAUUCCAAAGCUAACUUGUUAUCGGAAGUGAUAACUGUAAAGGACUUUUUUGAUUUUAUGAAAACUGCCUACCAGGUUUACGAACAUUUGGAAGGCGACGAAGAUGGAGCGAAAAUAGACUGGGAAGAGUUAACGAAAUUAACUGUGAUCAACCAUGUGCUGGAACCGAAAGAACGAGAGCUUUUGAACCAAACGGCUUUUAACGAGCAAAAGACCCUAUCGAGCAAAAGUGAAACAGCGCUUGUUUUGGAAAAGAAGAAAAAUGAGUUGUGGGCGCGAAAACGAUUGAGUUGCAGUGAAAUUGAAGUUGUUUCAGUAAAAGGACGGAGACAAUCGUUUCCGCCAGACGCAAAAGUGGAGAUGCUUGGAGUGUGGACGGAAGCCAAUCUCAAUUGCAAAUUAAAUGACGUAAUAAACGAAGGUAUUUUGGAUUCAAUACUGCCCUACCUCGUCGGUUACAAGAAACCUAUCAAAACGACCAGUGCCUACACUCCAAUUAUAAAAAAAUCGCCAAGCACAUCCGCGGAGGUAAAAAAACCAGCUAGUUUUGGUGCAUUUGUAAAUGAAAAAGAAUCGAAAGAUCGUCUGGGCAGGCGCAAAUCGUCAGUUGCGGCGGCUCAAGAGAAGGCUAAUCAAAAACAAGAUGGCGACGUUGAAAUUCACGUGUGCGACGAAGUGAAAGGGUUGAAGAAAGACUUCAGAUGCCCUCAGAAGCUGCUCAUCAGUAAAAUGGGGUAUUUCGCUGACGUCACCGCGGGCCAACGAUUGGAAGACAUGGAUAUUUCCGUACACUGUGAUAUUCAGAUAUUUGACUGGCUGAUGCGGUGGGUGAAGCGGGACUCCAUCCUGGUAGCUGACUGGCCUCUCCUGGACCCCAACAACGUGGUGCCCAUACUCGUCUCCGCGUCCUUCUUGCAGAUGGAGCCGCUGCUGCACGACUGUCUGAGCUACUGCCACGCGCACGUCAACGACAUCGUCAACACCUCCACCAACCUCGCCUGCCUCAACGACGUGCUGCUCACCAGGUUGGCAGCGAUGUACACGAACGCAGAGCUGGAAGCGAUAAAGGACAGGAAGGACAAGAUCCAGUCACGGCUGUACUGCAAGAUGAUCAUGUCCCUGGGCGAGCCCGUGCCGGAGACGCUGAGGGGACACUACGCGACGCUCGCCACGCUGUUCAAGUGCAGCAAAUGCAACAAGCUGCUGGGGCGACAGAUCGCGGAGAAGGUGCCGUGCCAGCCCGCCAACAUGCGCCUUGACCGCCGCGGCUACGUUAUCUCCACGCACUCCAAGGAUCUGUCGUGGAGCCUGAACGAGUACAUAACGUGGUUGUACGGCGAGCUGCGGUCGUGGCGACGCGUCUACUGGCGGCUGUGGGCCGACUGCCACUUCCUGCAGUGCCAGCUCUGCGACAACUACUACCCCGUGUACCAGAUGGACUGGUGCUCGUACCACGAGCCGGUGGCGGAGGGCGGCGCGCUGGCGACCGGCCGACACGCCUGCUGCGGCGAGCGCGCAUUCCGCUUUGAGACCAUCACUAGGAACACGGGUUGCCAAUUCCGUUCGCACUUGCCCCACGAGCGAGGGUGCGCGGAGAGCGGCGUGCUGGCGCUGGCAACGCGCUUCCGCGACCUGGUGGCCAUGCGACCGCCGCAGCUGAUGCUGCCGGACAGACUCACGAGGAUCGUGGCGAGAGACGCCGGCGACGACACCGGCGGGCGUGUCCACUGCAAGGAGGUGUUCUGGUGGGAGGGGAUCCAGCUCGCCCCGCCCCGACAGACGCUCGGCCUGCUGGGGAAGCUGUUCACUAGCAACACCAAGUUCAACCCGGAGGCCCGACCCGGUUCGCCUGCGCUGGCGGCGCGCUCCGCCCCCUCCCUUCCCGCACCGCCGGCCCCACCCACCCCCGAGCGCCGGCCUCGCCCCGUCCGACCUAACAGUCGACAUCAGCCAGGUGCGGAGAUUGUGGGCGGGGCGUGCGCGGGGGGCGGCGACAGCACCGACAGCAGCGAGGACAGCACCGACAGCAGCGCCCGCAGCGAGGAGGACGCGCCGCGGGCGAGACCGCCGCCACCGCCGCAGACCACCUCCGGUCGUCGCGGGCGGUCGUGUGGGCGCGGCGCGGGCGGGUGCGGCGCGCGGGUGUGGGGGGGCGCGGCGUCGGCGCGCAGCAACCAGGACGCCCAGCGCCGCUACGAGGAGCGGGCCGCCGCGCGCAUGCGGCACGCGCUCGCACGACGACACGCGCGCUCGCGACCCGCGCAGUCGCCAGGAGGCGUAUACGCGCGGCUGGAGGCAGAGUGGCGUGAGCGAGUGGGGGCUCGGGCUCGCCCCGCCCCCUCCGCGAGAGCCCGUCCACAGUACCUCAAAUACAAAUAGUGUAGAGUGGUUUGUCAUGUCACUAUAUUCGAAAUUGUUCUGUUAUUAAGCCACGUUUCCAUUAGGCAACAUUCGGAGCGCGAUAUGUUGAACAAAGCUUGCAACUUUUAUCAACGCUACGAGUUUUUUAUCAAACAAGUCACAGCUGUUGUGCCAUCAUGUCGUCGUCAGUUAAAAACUUCGCUUUUUGCUGCUCAAUGUUGCCUAGUGGAUUACCUUUACUAAUCUAUUGACUAUUACUAUGUCCUGUCCAAAUAAAAGAAGUGAGUUUG